UGUGCGUUUGUCUGUGAAUGUCACUGAUAUGACUGCCAGCCACUUCCCCUCUCAACAUGCCCGCAACGAUGCACCUCACUCUGCUGGUGUCCCUGUUAACAGCGACAGUCAUCAGUGAAACCACCACUUCCUUCAGCUCAUCCACUGCACAAACAACAACAACACUCCAGACUACCACUGAACGAACAACACGUCCAACUACAGCUGAACGAACAACACGUCCAACUACAGCUGAAACGACAACACGUCCAACUACAGCUGAAACGACAACACGUCCAACUACAGCUGAAACGACAGUGCAGUCCACGACCGUCAUCACUUCGGCUUCACCAAAAACGCAGCAGACAGACGACACCACCCCCAGCCCACCUCCUCAAACCACAGCAAACAACCAGACAUCAAAUGAGACAGCUUUGCCAACUGAAACAACGCUCCCAUCUGCAUCAGCAUCACCAAACAUCACUGCAACCACCACUGUGAACACAACCGACACAGGUUUGUCACCCGACUGGGAAAAAGAUGACCUGGCGUCAAACCCCGGCCUAGUCGCUAUCAUUUGCAUCUUCUGUAUCGUCCUCGCCCUCGUUCUCGUGGUACUCACAGUGAAAUGUAUCCGAUCGCCGAGAUCCAAUUUUGAGAGGCUCGAAAAUAUGCCGAUGGGCAAAGUGAAUGAGGAGUCUCCGUUCGCCCACUACUCGAAAUGACAGAAUGCGCUUGUGGACGCCGAAGGCCCGGGACGGGUCCAACCUGCCGAACGACUCUGACAUCAUCAGGCUCGUCUUUACGUAGCACUUUAUUCAAUGCCAGUGAAAUAUUUUGGCCUCAGCGUUAACUUUUGACCUGCUUAAUUCAUUUUGGUUUUAAUUAAGUGUAAUCAGCUAACUACAACUGUCGCUUCCUCCAUAGUAAAAUCUGAAAAUCAGCCUGAAGGGUAAACCUUCAUACAUAACGCUUGCUAAACUGGUGACAUGUUUACUCUUGUAAGCACUACAACUCAGAAUUACACUGGUGAUUUAAUAAGAGUGCAGAUUUCGAUUUUACAUAACGCUUUAACAAAGUCAUAACUGGAAUGCACAAGUGUACAAAUGUGAUCUUAUCAGGAGUGGCAUAUAUGACGUAUGAAUUGUGGGGUCUGAGGUCUUCUGUGCAAGCAAAGCUCAGACGCAGAAAGUCACAGUGCUGAGCACGUUUUAGACCACCGGUCAGUGUAAGGUUUAUGCCAUAGCUGUUAUAAAUUAACAGUUCUGGUACUUACCAAAAUCAUUUUUUAAUGUUUCUGUAAUAGUUAAACCACCAGUGUGCUCUUAAAUUAAGAUCCUAUUUUUAAUGCUAAAAUAUAAA